AUAGGGAAUAAGAGGAGCAAUACCGCAUAUGCCCGAAACUAUCUCUACUCUUUGCCUCAUCUGCUAUUUAGAGGAGACUGAAGCUCCACCUUCAUUUCUCCCUUUCUCCGCCGCCUCUCUUUCUCUCCUCUCCCUUCCCUGGUAUAUUUGUAUCUGGGUAACUGAAAACUAGUCAAAAUGGUGAAGUUUACAGCAGAAGAGUUGCGUAGGAUCAUGGAUCUUAAAGAAAACAUCCGUAACAUGUCCGUUAUUGCUCAUGUCGAUCACGGAAAAUCUACCCUUACCGACUCUUUGGUGGCUGCUGCCGGUAUUAUCGCACAAGAAGUUGCUGGUGAUGUCCGUAUGACUGAUACCCGUGCUGAUGAGGCCGAGCGUGGUAUUACUAUCAAGUCCACUGGUAUCUCUCUCUACUACCAGAUGUCUGAUGAAUCAUUGAGCUGCUACAAAGGAGAGAGAAAAGGGAAUGAGUAUCUUAUCAAUCUCAUUGAUUCACCUGGGCACGUUGACUUUUCCUCUGAGGUCACUGCUGCUCUUCGAAUUACUGAUGGUGCUCUUGUUGUGGUUGAUUGUAUUGAGGGUGUUUGUGUUCAAACUGAAACUGUGCUCAGGCAGGCCCUUGGUGAAAGGAUUAGGCCUGUUUUGACAGUGAACAAGAUGGACAGGUGUUUCCUUGAGCUUCAGGUGGAUGGUGAGGAAGCUUACCAAACUUUCCAGAGGGUUAUUGAAAAUGCUAAUGUCAUUAUGGCAACUUAUGAAGAUCCUCUUCUCGGUGACGUUCAGGUCUAUCCCGAGAAAGGAACAGUUGCCUUCUCUGCUGGUUUGCACGGUUGGGCUUUCACUCUUACCAACUUUGCUAACAUGUAUGCUUCCAAGUUUGGAGUUGAUGAGUCUAAGAUGAUGGAAAGACUCUGGGGUGAGAACUUUUUUGACCCUGCCACCAAGAAAUGGACCAGCAAGAACACUGGCUCUCCUACCUGCAAGCGUGGUUUCGUUCAGUUUUGUUAUGAGCCAAUCAGGCAAAUCAUUGCCACUUGUAUGAAUGACCAGAAGGAUAAGCUGUGGCCUAUGUUGAAGAAGCUUAAUGUCACCAUGAAGAAUGAUGAGAAGGAGCUUAUGGGCAAGGCAUUGAUGAAGCGUGUCAUGCAGACAUGGCUACCUGCAAGUAGUGCUCUAUUGGAAAUGAUGAUCUUUCACUUGCCAUCUCCUGCAACAGCUCAGAAGUACCGUGUUGAGAACUUGUACGAGGGUCCUCUUGACGAUCAGUAUGCAACUGCUAUUAGGAACUGUGAUCCUAAUGGUCCUCUUAUGCUUUAUGUAUCUAAGAUGAUUCCCGCUUCUGACAAGGGUAGAUUCUUUGCUUUUGGUCGUGUUUUCGCUGGUAAGGUGUCUACUGGUAUGAAGGUCAGGAUUAUGGGCCCCAACUUUGUUCCCGGUGAGAAGAAAGAUCUGUAUGUCAAGAGUGUUCAGAGAACUGUUAUCUGGAUGGGAAAGAGGCAGGAAACCGUUGAGGAUGUUCCCUGUGGUAACACAGUUGCCAUGGUUGGUCUUGAUCAAUUUAUUACCAAGAAUGCUACUUUGACCAAUGAGAAGGAAGUAGAUGCACACCCAAUCCGUGCUAUGAAGUUCUCUGUGUCACCUGUUGUUCGUGUUGCAGUCCAGUGCAAGGUUGCAUCUGAUCUUCCCAAGCUUGUUGAAGGACUCAAACGUCUGGCCAAGUCUGAUCCUAUGGUUGUGUGUACCAUCGAGGAAUCUGGUGAGCACAUUAUUGCUGGUGCUGGUGAACUUCAUCUUGAGAUCUGUUUGAAGGAUUUGCAAGAUGACUUCAUGGGUGGAGCUGAAAUCAUCAAAUCUGAUCCAGUUGUGUCUUUCCGUGAAACUGUCCUUGAGAAGUCAGUCCGUACCGUGAUGAGCAAGUCUCCAAACAAGCACAACCGUCUUUACAUGGAAGCAAGACCAUUGGAGGAAGGACUUGCUGAGGCUAUUGAUGAUGGACGUAUUGGCCCAAGAGAUGAUCCUAAGAUCCGAUCCAAGAUUCUUGCUGAGGAGUUUGGUUGGGACAAGGAUCUUGCCAAGAAAAUCUGGUGUUUCGGUCCUGAGACCACUGGUCCUAACAUGGUUGUUGAUAUGUGUAAGGGAGUUCAGUACCUUAAUGAAAUUAAGGAUUCUGUUGUUGCUGGUUUCCAAUGGGCAUCUAAGGAAGGUGCUUUGGCCGAGGAAAACAUGAGAGGUAUUUGCUUUGAGGUAUGUGAUGUUGUUCUUCACGCUGAUGCUAUUCACAGAGGUGGUGGACAGGUCAUCCCAACUGCCAGGAGGGUUAUCUAUGCUUCCCAAAUCACUGCCAAGCCUAGACUUCUUGAGCCUGUGUACUUGGUCGAGAUCCAAGCUCCAGAGGGUGCUCUCGGUGGUAUCUACAGUGUUCUUAACCAGAAGCGUGGACACGUCUUCGAGGAGAUGCAGAGGCAGGGUACCCCACUUUACAACAUCAAGGCAUACCUUCCAGUCAUUGAGUCUUUCGGUUUCUCAGCUACAUUGAGAGCUGCUACCUCAGGACAGGCUUUCCCACAGUGUGUGUUCGACCAUUGGGACAUGAUGUCUUCUGAUCCAUUGGAGGCCGGAACUCAAGCUUCCGUACUUGUUGCUGAUAUCAGGAAGAGAAAGGGUUUGAAGGAGCAAAUGACCCCACUUUCCGAGUUCGAAGACAAGCUGUAAGUUUCUACUACAACUUGUGCUUGUUGAGAACAUACAGCUUAGGUUUGAGGAGGAAAGAUGAGGAGAAGGGAAAGAAGUUAUCAGGAAUCGACAUUUUUUAUGCUUUUCUCCAUUGCCUUAUCUAUUUUGCUUAUUUUCUAGUCUGUUGUUUUUUAAGUUUUGUUACAGGGGAUAUUUGGUUGUAUCCUUUGGCAUUUUAGGGGAAAGACCUUUUAUUAUUAUUAUAACUUUUUAAAUUGUUUGUGCUUUUUUGUUUGAAGAGGACACAGUAUGUAAUGUUAAAUGUUGGCUUUUUGUCUCA